CACAUCCUUUGAUUUUCCUAUAAAAAUGGCAGCUUUUAUCUGAAGAUUCAAAACCCUCUCGUGUUUCCUGACAAUCUCUGAUCGGUUUCUCCGAAACAGAAUAAUCAUUUUGAAAGGAAGAAGAAUUACGAGAAGGAAGGGAAGAAAAAAGGAACAGCAAUGGCGGAUCAGCUUACUGAUGAACAGAUCUCUGAGUUCAAGGAGGCCUUCAGCUUGUUCGACAAAGAUGGAGACGGUUGCAUCACAACCAAGGAGCUUGGAACUGUUAUGAGAUCACUGGGGCAGAACCCAACUGAAGCAGAGCUCCAAGACAUGAUUAAUGAAGUAGAUGCCGACGGAAAUGGUACUAUUGACUUCCCAGAGUUUCUAAACCUUAUGGCGAGGAAAAUGAAGGAUACAGAUUCUGAGGAGGAGCUAAAAGAGGCAUUUCGGGUUUUUGACAAAGAUCAGAAUGGAUUCAUUUCUGCUGCUGAGCUCCGCCAUGUGAUGACCAAUCUUGGGGAGAAGCUUACUGAUGAAGAAGUUGAUGAGAUGAUUCGAGAGGCUGAUGUUGAUGGCGAUGGCCAAAUAAAUUACGAGGAAUUUGUUAAGGUGAUGAUGGCAAAAAACAAAAGAGAGGCAAAGAUGGAAGGUCAGAAUGCAAGGAAGAUGAAAAUACUAUGCCUCCAUGGAUUCAGGACCAGUGGCAGUUUCUUGAAGAAGCAAAUCAGCAAGUGGGACCCUUCUCUUUUUGAUCAAUUUGAGCUGGUUUUUCCGGACGGUAAAUUUCCCGCUGGAGGAAAGUCUGACAUUGAAGGCAUAUUCCCUCCACCUUACUUUGAGUGGUUUCAAUUCAACAAGGACUUUACGGAGUACACUAACUUGGAGGAGUGCAUCUCAUACCUUUGCGAAUACAUCACAACCAAUGGCCCCUUUGAUGGGCUUCUUGGCUUCUCCCAGGGUGCAACACUUUCGGCACUUCUGAUGGGUUACCAAGCACAGGGGAAGUUGCUAAAGGAGCAUCCGCCCAUGAAAUUAUUCGUAUCAAUAUCAGGAUCAAAGUUCAGAGAUCCGAGCAUUUGUGAUGUUGCCUACAAGGACACCAUCAAGGUUAAAUCUGUCCACUUCAUUGGGGAAAAAGACUGGUUGAAACUGCCUUCAGAAGAACUAGCCACGGCUUUUGACAAUUCCCUUAUAAUAAGGCACCCUCAAGGUCACACCGUGCCGAGAUUAGAUGAAGUGGCCACCACUCAGUUGCGAAAUUGGAUCAAAGAAGUGUUCCAUUCCACCUGUGGUGUGUCAGAUGGAACUCACGAAAAAAUCAAUGGAGAAAAGAUAUUGGAAGUGAAGGACAGCAAGCUUGAAGAAGCAAUUAGUGCCAGUCAGGUUUGAAGCAAGGGAAUGGAUUAAUAAGAUGAAGUUGUAGAGGUAACCCAAGUCUGAACAUCUGAAUUACCAGGACCAGGGCUUCACAGCUUUAGCACAAAUGAUCAUUAAAAAUUGAUCGUAUUAAUAGAGUGGAGGGGAAUGCUUUAUACCUCUGGUAGAUAUUCUCAGCUUCACAUAACUAGGUGAAUUCAAAUUAAUGAAUGUUUCAAGAAAAAUUACCUUCACUGUGAUAUUAAAUACGAGUUACAAGUUGAGUUUCGCAAGAUA